GUGUGUGUGUGUGUGUGUGUGUGUGUGUGCCUCACAACUUCACUCGCUUGAUCUUGCUUCUGCUUCUCUGUGCCCUGCACUUCCACUUCUCCGCGCCCUGCACUUCCAGACUUUGGCCCCAUGCCCGUGCCUGAGAGCGACAAGCCAAAGAAGAAGCGCAAGAAGCGUGAAUUGAAGCACGAGAAGCUAUUUCUGGAGCAGAUUCCCAACACAACCAACUAUGAAAUCAGUUACAUGCACCGUGACACCAUCCUCGACGCCAUUGUGACAAAGACGGAUUUUGUGAUUACGACAAGUGUGGACGGGCACCUCAAGUUCUGGAAGAAGAAGAGUGAGGGCGGUAUUGAGUUUGUCAAGCACUUCAAGGCCCAUCUCGCAGGAGCGAUCACGGCUGCCGCUGUGAGUGCGGACGGGCUGCUGCUGGCAACGGGCGCAGAAGACAACACCAUCAAGGUCUACGACGUGCCCACAUUCGACAUGGUGAACAUGAUACAGCUUGAUGAUGGACAGGUGCCGACGACGCUGGAAUGGGUCCACAACCAACACGACGCCGUGUCCCUCAUCGCCUGCGGGCUGCGGGGUGACUCGACGAUUCGCGUGCUGAACGGCGCGGGCACGAGCGACCCCAUCACCACCCUCACCUUCCACACCGCCCCAAUUGUCGACAUCAGGUACAACCCGAGCAUGAAUGCGGCGGUGUCAUGCGACGAGAUGGGCAUCAUCGAGUACUGGGCAGGCCAGGCGGACGACUUUGGCAUGCCCAAGGCGGUGGCGUUUGAAUCGAAGAUGGACACAGAUCUCUUCGACCUCAUGAAGGCGAAAACGCGCCCGUAUCAGAUGCGGUUUGCGCCUGAUGGUUCAAAGUUUGUCGUCACCGCAUCGGAUCACAAGGUGCGCGUGUUUGAGUUUGUGACGGGAAAACUGCUGCGCGUGUACGACGAGUCGCUCGGAUACUACACAGAGAAGAACCAGGACAAGCCGCUGCUGUCGUCGAUGGAGUUUGGUCGGCGCGUCGCAUCCGAGCGCGAACUCGACAAGUCCCCGCACGCGAGCAAGGCAAACGCAGUGUUUGAUGAGACGGGCAACUUCCUGCUGUACGCGACGCUGCUGGGUAUCAAGGUGGUGAACAUUGUCACCAACAAGUGCGUGCGCGUGAUUGGCGCGUCCGAGACCAUCCGCUUCAUCUCCGUCGACCUCUACCAAGGCAAACCGGCGACCGGCACAUCUGCUGUGAAAUCGAUUGAGAUGGAGCUCGCAGACAACCCAACGCUGCAGAAGGACGAGCCGGAUCCAAUGGUCGUGUGCACGUCACUCAACAAGAAACGCUUCUACAUCUUCUCUCGCAGGGAGCCGGAUCACGGGACGGGCGAGAUUGGCCGCGAUCGCUUCAACGAGAAGCCGACGCGCGAGGAACAGAUGGCCGCAACAGGGCAAAUGUCUGAGGAGAAGCUUGCAUCACAAGUGGUCCUCCACACCACAUUCGGUGACAUCCACAUCAAACUCUUCCCCAACGAGUGUCCAAAAACAGUUGAGAACUUUGUGACGCACGCGCGUAACGGCUACUACGACAACCACCUCUUCCACCGCGUCAUCAAGGGCUUCAUGAUCCAGACGGGCGAUCCCUUUGGCGACGGUACUGGCGGCGAGUCCAUCUGGGGCCACGACUUUGAGGAUGAGUUCCACCCGUCGCUGCGGCACGAUGCGCCGUACACCGUCUCCAUGGCCAACUCGGGCCCAAACACAAACGGAUCACAGUUCUUCAUCACCGUUGUGCGCACGCCCUGGCUGGACAACAAGCACACGGUGUUUGGGCGCGUGUUCAAAGGCAUGGAAGUGGUUCAACAAAUCAGCACUGUCAAGACAAACCCAAAGACAGAGAAGCCCUACGACGACGUCAAGAUCCUCAACAUCACCGUCAAGUCGUGA